CUAGUAUUUUCCUUAUAUGAAAAAAAAAGAGAAUUUUUUCCAUUUUUGGUUCGUUUUAGUUUUUGAUGAAAUUUUGUAGAAUUUUAAAUGAAAAAUUGUGAUUUUUAAAUAAGAAACUUAUGGAUUUACCGCGAAUAACCGAUUUUGAAAUACUGGAAAAGUUAGGAGCCGGUAGUUAUGCCACCGUAUAUAGAGCACGUCAUAAGAAAUUGAAGAGUUAUCAUGCCAUCAAGUUUGUAGAAAUGUCUUCAUUGUCGCACAGUUCACGUGAAAAUUUAAUAACUGAGAUACGUUUACUACGGUGUCUCAAUCACAAAUAUAUUGUGACUCUACAAGAUUUCUUUUGGGAUGAUAAAACCAUUUAUAUUGUCUUGGAAUAUUGCAACGCUGGCAGCCUUAGCACUUUUAUUCGUUCAAAAAAGUCACUGCCCGAGGCCACUUGCAAAUAUUUUCUAAGACAACUGGCAACCGCAGUACAAUACAUGCGCAGCAAUGAUAUCUGCCAUUUCGACUUAAAACCUCAGAAUCUGUUGCUGACGCGCAGUCAAGGCAAUAGUGUUAGUUUAAAGGUGGCAGAUUUUGGCUUUGCCCAGCAUUUGAAGUUAGGAGAAAUGAAUCAGCAACUAAAGGGAUCACUUUUGUAUAUGGCUCCAGAAAUUGUACGUAAACAUCAAUAUGACGCCAAAGCUGAUCUUUGGAGUAUAGGUGUGAUAUUGUAUGAAUGUUUGUUUGGGCGCGCUCCAUACACUUCAAAAACAAUAGAAGAGUUAUUGGGUCGAAUACGAAGUUGCGAGAAAAUCCGUUUGCCUCCGAAUGUAUGUAUAAGUAAGGAAUGCGAAGAUCUGCUCUGUGGACUCUUGGAACAUGAUCCAGCCAAAAGAAUCUCAUUUAAUGAUUUCUUUAAUCAUACAUUUUUAGAUUUAAAAACAUUUCCUUCGGAAAAGACAUUGCAGAAAGCAAUUGAACUUGUCACUAAAGCAGUCGAGUAUGAUGAAAAGCAUGAUUAUAAGGAGGCCUAUUACUUAUAUUGCAGUUCUCUGCAGUAUUUUGUCCCACUAAUAACUGAAGAGUCGGAUGCAAACAAACGUUUAGCUUUACGUAGUCGCGCUUUAUCUUAUAUGAAAAGAGCGGAGGAAAUUAAAAGUGGCCUCAUCGAAGAGGAAUACAAAAACGCAGUCAGCAGCGAAACAACUGCCUUGAAAGAAACUUCUCCAUCCUCUGCGAAUAGCAGUAAUAUUGUCAACAUUUUGGAGCCAGAAUUGCGUUACAAGCAACUAUAUGCUUUAUCUCACUCGAGUCCCGCAUUGAAGACCGCCCUGGAUAUUGGCCGUCAAGGUGAAUUAUAUUUGUAUGAACAUAAAUUUCAAUUAGCUUUAGAGACAUUCACGUCUGCGUUGGGUGUAAUGGUGCCAUUUCUUAAUAAGGAACCGAAAGGGGAAAGACGUAUUUUGCUAGUGCAGCAAUUGGAGAAUUGGAUGAAAGAGGCAGAAAGCAUUAAAAACAUUUUGAGCGCCAAAGAAAUGGAAGCGGAACCAAAAAUUACUCAGACAGUUCGCAGUUGUUGUUUACAAUAAAUGGAAUCAUAUUUAACAAAUCACAUUAGUGAUCUCAAACGGUAGCGAAAAAAGAGGAAAUCAUUUUAAAUUUAUUUCCAACAUAUAUACAUGCCUAUGUAAUCUACAAAUGCCACGACUUAGCUUUAGCUUUCAAUUUAUUCCGUAAAACUUUUUUAUUAUUAUUAUUAUUAUUAUCUUAAUUUAAAUAUAUAUUAUGGAUUUAGAGGAUGGAAAUAUUGUUAAAAAAUAGCUUUAAAACUCUUAGCAAAUUGUGUUUUUAUCAGCGUAGUUUUAUUCAUAUCUCGCUUAUUAAUAUUCCUAAUCUCUACUUACAAUGUGCUAACCAUGUUUUUAGGAUAGAUUUUUGAUAGAUUUCUUGUAUUAUUUAAUAAAAAAAAAAAAUAAUAAAAAAAAAACAUAGAUGAUGAUGUUACCGAUAUAAUGCAAAACUAGUGCGAAAAAACAAACAUUCAUCGGCUUCGUUCAAAAUUGCGUAAAACACAUAAUGAAUAUAAUUUUGAACUCAUGAAAAACUCGAAUUAUUCCAUAACUUCUCACUUAACAAAAUUAGUAUGAUAUUUUUGACUCCAUUUUCUUAAUUAACAAAAUUGGUACAGAUUUUAUGAGGGAAUUUGUUUAUCACUUUAACAGGUUUUAUGAGGGAAUUUGUUUAUCACUUUAACAGAUUUUAUGAGGGAAUUUGUUUAUCACUUUUAACAGAUUUUGUGAAGGAAUUUAUUGAAAGAAACUCUGUGCAGUCUCCACACAUGGUAUUUUUUUUUAUAAACCAUGUAUAAGAAAAAACCAGCUAACGGCUUUUAGCGAAAAAUCAAAGCCAUUUUACAAGUGCACAAAGAAGUUGUAAAAAGUGAAUAA